UCCUUCUGACACAUGGAGCCAAGCGUCUCGAAGCUUGACGAAGAUCCACCUCCAGCAACUCCGAUGACCAUGAUAUGCUGCACGGAGCACGGCUCGAGUGGAUCGAUGAUUGCCACUGCGCGCUUUUAGCCGUCUAUUCGAGCAGAAACGGUGUGGGUUUUUCUGGAGGCUGAUUUCCAGGUUUGGUGUACGGGAAAUCUCGUCGUCCUUCGCUCGACUCAUCGAUCGCAGCCGGAAAUGGCCGACCGGGUCCGCUGCCUGCUUUUUCUGACAGGGGGAUUGGCGUCCUUGGACUGGUCCCAGAAGAUAGCGGACAUUAUUUCUCGGUCGCCGGGUUUAGAAGGCAAGAUCCUCGAAAUUGUCCAGUUCUAUAACAACCGAGUAUGGACCGGAAAAUUGGUGGAAGCGGGCUACCCUACGAAGGACUACGCAGGUUCAUUGAGCUUCUACGGGACUGAUUUUGAGUCAAUUAAACUGGUGAGCUCGGCUAUCAGUAAAGAAAUUCAGACACUCAAAGAAGGAAGUGAGGACUCUGUCGCUCUGUGGAUGGUGGGAAUCGACGAAGUAAAGAUCAAUAAGGUCCCUACAGAUCUUUUCAGGCCGAUGGCGAAGUUUAUGGGCUUAAUUAUUAGAAAUCCAGCCUUGACAGUAGAGCAGUUUCACAAACACUGGUCCGAACCACAUGCAGCCCUAUUUUGCAGCAAGCCUUUGGUCCAGCAAAAAGUGGUGAACUACAAACAGUAUCAUUCCAAACCGGAGUGGAAAGAAGAGUUGGCGAAAGCGGGCCUGAACAUGUCCAAAGUGGAGGGAAUUGUGGAGAUCUACUUCGAGACUCUCGAGGACCUGGAAGCGAUUUUCACCAGUAUGGAGCACGUCGAGUCCAUGAUGCCCGAUGAAGCGAUUUUCGUGCAUUUGGAGGAGAGCGGAAUCUUAGUCGGCAACGAGAUGUCGGAAUCGCUGUCCUCGCAGGGGCCAAAUGAGCCGCCGGUGGCUCCAUUCGCAGGACUCGACUUGGGUUCCCGCUAGGCACACGCUGGACAAUCGGCGAAUGAUUGUCCUCCGGAUCCUGUACAGUUCUAUCGUUCUUGUAAGGAAAAGCACCCUCCAAACCUUGUACAGUUGUAUUGUUCUUGUAUGGAAAGCAUCCUUCGGACCCUGUGUAUGUGUAUUGCUCUCGUAGGCUGAUUCGCGGUAAGGGUUCGAGCGGAACAGCGCACCAUUCUGGGCAAUGGCCAGACCGCCGAACAGAUCUCCUCAGAAAGCUGACAUUGGAUUAGAGGAAGGUGAACAACGCUUUGCAAGUUCAGGUAUCGAUAACAUUUCUUUUUGGUCAAAUGAGUUCUCGCGAUCAUGCCCGAAGUAUAAAUUGUGUUAUACCCGAUUUCUUCUAAUAAAAUAAAUUAUAAAAAAUUA